UCUGCACUGAAGCAGAACUUUGAUAUUUUGGUUUUGCAUUUCUUUAAUAACCACCCAGUAUGGAUAAUGAAGUCUGAAGCCUGUUUGCACCUUCACAUUAGCAUUGGAUGUUUUUUCCCAUGAGAUUAAUCAGGGGUGGACUGACCAUUCGAGCACUCGGGCACUGCCGAGGGCCCGGGGUCAGUAGGGGGCCUCAUGAAAUGCCCCUGGUACCUUUUAUAGGCUUUUUUUGGUGUGGGCAAGGACACAGGGGCCCCAUGAUCCCCUAUUGCCCGGGGGCCCCAUGAGUUGUCAGUCAUCUAAUGCACAUGGUUGA